AUGUCGGGGUGGAGCGCGCUGAAUGGUGCGGGGGCGAGGGGCGGCGGCGGCGGCGGCGGCGCUAAAGAUAGCCGCCCCACGGCAGCCACGCAGCAGCACGCCGCAAGGCAGCGGGCGCGGCCCCGCCGUUGCUCAGUCGCCGGCCGCGCGCCCACACGGCAUGCCGCACCAGCGCCCGCAGAGAUGAGCGAACGGGGUGGGGAUGCGGACAGCAGCUCGUGCUCGGAGCCCAGCUCCGGCACAGAGGCGGAGGACAUGGCAGCACUCACCGCAGACGUGCGCAGCCUCAAGGAGGCGCUCGCCAGCCUGCGACACGCCAUCGCACCCGCCUCCGGCUCCACCAACGCCGUGGAUCGGGAGAGCCAGCGCGUGGAGGCACACGCGUGUGUGGGCGAGGUGACUCGCAUCCUGCGAGCAGUGCUGGACAAGUAUCCCGCCAUGCAGUCGGCGCGGCUGCUCGCCGCUGCGGGUGCGCUCGUGCAACACAUGAAAGGUUUUGACUUCGAAAGUAACAACUCAGAGCCCAAAGAAUUCUUCGAGUGCAUUGAUCAGUUGGCCCUAGCAUUCAGCAGUAGGGUUUCCGAAUAUCUAAUGGGGGACCUGGAUGCUCCAGGUGCCUCACCUGAAAAUCGGAGUCUUAGCAGAGCAAAGUCGCUGGAGGACGUGCGGGACGGGGACUCCGGCGGAGGGGCGCUGCUGAGCGCGCGGCGGCUGCAGGCACAGCUCCGUGGAGAGCGAGUGGUGCCGCAGCUGCUGCAGCGCGCUAAGGCGUGGGCGCGGCACGCCAAGGAGCUGGCCGCCUACGUGCACAAGCGCUCCUACCUGCACGCAGAAUACGCCAAGGGGCUGGCCAAGCUGGCGCAAGCCCUGCGCCCUGCGCUGCACCAAGCCAGUAAUCUCCCUUUCCAGUCUGAGUAUUCGACGGCGCUGGACCACGACGUAGAGCUGUGUAACAACAGCCAGACGGUCUGCUGUCAGUUGGAUAAGAAGUACGUGCAGGUGCUGACGGACCGCCGGUCGGAGCACGAGCGCGUGCGCAAGCAGCUGAAGGCGCGCUGGGCCCGCGAGGUGGCGCGAGCGCUCGCCGCCGCCGCAGCCGCAGCCGCCGCCUGCCUGCCCGACGACGAGAUGUACGAGGCAAACGCGAGCUGCAGGGCCAGCGUCGCUGAGGCGAAUGAAUGCUACCAGCAACUACAAAGGACCAAGAAUGAAAUUCUACAGCAGGGGCAAGAGUUGAUGGUGGAAAGUGACAGAGUCCUCAAAACCGCCACAGUGUCUUACUUCGAAUCUCAGCAGUCCCUCGCAGCACCCCUACCCUCACAGUUCCAGGAGCUGUGUGGACGGAGCGCCUUGUACGAGCCAGGAGCACACUAUGCAGAGCUGGCCAAGAACCCUGCAGACUGUGAGGAGGAGCUACUGGAGGACCCGUUCAUGUUCCAGCUUUACUACUCGCCGCACAGCAUGAUCGAGGUCGAGCGCAAGUCAACGGGCUCCAUCGAAAGUGAAGAUAUGUACCAAGAUUCUUCUCUCUUCGAGCCAGACACUAAGCAGUCGAAAGCUGCUCUGACACACAAUUUUCGCUCUCUGAGGACACCUGGCCGUUGCCGAGAAUGUGAUUCGUACGUCUACUUCAUGGGUGUGGAAUGCAUAGAGUGUGGAAUGGUGUGCCACAAGAAGUGCGUUGUCGGGCUUUCUAUCACGUGUGGUCAUCGCCGUCUGCCUCGCAAAGUACCAGUGUUCGGAACAGACUUGAAUAACUACUUGUCAGAAACGGCACACCUCAUUCCGUUUAUUAUCUGUAAGUGUAUCGAUGAAAUAGACGCCCGUGGUCGGCAGUCAAAGGGCAUAUACAGGGUGUCUGGAGUGAAGACAAAAUUGGAUAAGCUGUGCAACGCUUUUGAAAUAGGUGGGGACCUUGUUGACCUCUCAGAUAUUCAUCCAAAUGUGAUCGCAGACGUGCUGAAGAUUUACCUACGGCAGCUCCCCGAGCCGCUGCUGUCCUUCAAGCUCUAUCCAGAUUUUGUGAGGCUGGCCAAAGAAUUCGCUUCUGACGAAGACCUGGACCGGGCGCGGUGCGUACAGAGCUUCCGGGAGCUAGUGGCGCGGCUGCCCAAGUCGCACUACCUGACACUGGCGGCCCUCAUGCUGCACCUAAAGAGGGUGGCCGACGAGGCGGACGUCAACAACAUGCCCGCCAGCAACCUGGGCAUCGUGUUCGGCCCCACGCUGCUGCGCCCAGACGAAAGCAUGCCAUCCAUGAACUCUCUGGUCGAUACUGCGCAGAAUUCGCGCGCGGUGGAGCUGAUGAUCCGACUGAGCGACGAGCUGUUCAGCAGCGAGGAGGUGUGGGAGGCGCGCCAGAAGCAGCUCAAGAUGCGAGAGCGGCUGGCGCAGGCACAGGCGCAGCAGAAGGCGGCGCGCGGCGGCUCCUUCCGGCUGCCCGGCACCUCGCGCUCCCACCACGAGCCCGACGCCAAGCCGCGGCCCAAGCCGGACCCGCCGCCGCAGCCGCCGCCUCAGCAGCAGCAAUCUCACCCUGGAAACGACAUGGCUCCAUACGAGUUCCCAUACUUCGUGGACAUGGACCUCGCGACGGUGUCACAAAUUCACAGAAGCGACUCCACACCAAAGAUAUUCAAAGGUUCACUUAAGGACUACCAAGGACUCGAAGGGCUGUUGGGGGACCGGUCGCACAAGCUGGUGCACGAGCUGCUCAGCGAGGAGAAACGCUCGCAGUCAGAUGCGGCGCCCAGCGACCAGUCCCUGGCGCGCAACGACUCCUUCUCCAGCGCUGGCAGCGCCCUCAACUCGGAUGAAAAGGCCAACUACAUUCCGCAGCUGCACAAACAGAUCCGCGUAUCGCUGUCGCUGAGCAACGCGUCCUACUCGGACCAGACGACGUCCAAGAGGCAGCAGAAGAGGAGCAUGAGCACUUACGGCAAGACGGCAUUCCAGAGCACGGAGGCGGUUUCCAGCAAGGUGUCCGUGUCCAAGGUGGAGCACGAGGGCAAGCUGGAGCGCGCCUGCAGCUACCGCCGGCGCACGCUGCAGAGGUUCGACGCGUCGGCCGCCGGCUCCGCGCCGCCGCCGGGCGCCACAGAUUACUUCCCGCUGACCCUCACAGACCUCAACGACAGCAGCUCGGGCAGCGAGGACGCACACAAGCCUCGCCGAUACCCCUAGCACAGGCGCCUCCUUUCCUACCACUCUGGGGGCAAAAGAUAGCCUGACGAGUCAAAUGAAAGUGAGCCACGGCCUUGUUUUAUACAUUUAGAGCGUCACCGACGGAAGGGUAUGCAAUGACGAAGUAGUGCCGCGUUUUUCUUUAAAAGGGCAGCUCUUCACGUUUCACAGAAUAUUAAAACAAAAGAACUAUGUACAGUCGUGGACAAAACGAGCGGGACCCGUCGCCAUUUCGUUAUGCUGAUCCGCACAGCUUUAAAGUCUGCUACACAGCAUAACAGGCAAGCCGACGAAGUGCUACCAACAACUAUGCACAGGUGUGGAAUUGACAAACUAUCUGAACUUUGUCAGACUGAACCCCGAAAACAUAUUGUUAGAGCUUUGAGUAUUUUAAUCACAUGAAAUGAGGUCGACAAAGAUGAGAGCAUUGUCCUCGCAACGUGUUGUGUUGUGUGAAGUACAGUGAAACAGCUUGAAUGUCACCAGUUUAUACUGAGUCGCUGAGUGAAUGAUGAGGGCCAUAAAGUGCGUCUUGUGGGCUUUCCCACUUAAGCAUAUCGUAGAUUUCACCAUCAUAAUCGCCGUAUGGGAUCUGGCACUGUCCUGAACGGAGACUGCACCCCCAGAAAACAUAACCCGGCACGUAUUUUUAAUUACUAUGCGCAAACGUUGGAGGAUCGUAUGACAAUAAUCGUCGCUAAUGAUAUGCUCAUGCCCAGUUGAUGUGAUGAGUAUAGCCAUCUUGUUUUUAAAGUACCGGGUGAUCAAAAAGUCAGUAUAAAUUUGAAUAAAUCACGGAAUAAUGUACAUAGAGAGGUACAAAUUGACACACAUGCUUGGAAUGACUUGGGGUUUUAUGAGAACCAAAAAAAUACAAAAGUUCAAAACAUGUCCGACAGAUGGCGCUUCAUCUGAUCAGAAUAGCAAUAAUUAGCAAUACAAAGUAAGACAAAGCAAAGACGAUGUUCUUUUCAGGAAAUGCUCAAUAUGUCCACCAUCAUUCCUCAACAACAGCUGUAGCCGAGGAAUAAUGUUGUGAACAGCACUGUAAAGCAUGUCCGGAGUUAUGGUGAGGCAUUGGCGUUGGAUGUUGUCUUUCAGCAUCCCUAGAGAUGUCGGUCGAUCACAAUACACUUGUGACUUCAGGUAACCCCAAAGCCAAUAAUCGCACGGACUGCGAUCUGGGGACCUGGGAGACCAAGCAUGAUGAAAGUGGCGGCUGAGUACACGAUCAUCACCAAACGACGCGUGCAAGAGAUCUUUCACUCGCCAUCUGUCGGACAUUUUGUGAAUUUUUUUUUCUAAUAAAACCCCAUGUCAUUCCAAGCAUGUGUGUCAAUUUUUACCCCUCUAUCUACAUUAUUCCGUGGUUUAUUAAGUUUUCAAAUUUAUACUGAAGUUUUGAUCAGCCUGUACAUUAUGUCAGUAUCGGUUUUACUCUAAAAUUGAGUUGUUUUAUUUGCUGAGAGGAAGCUCUUUCUCCUUCGCAGCCAAGGUCCCUAGCGCUCGUUUAUGCAGUAGCGUUCGUCUCUGAGUUAACCUAUUUGCAUUUUGGUGCGAAAGAAACACAAAUAAAACUGAAGGUAAUUAAACUGUGUGCCUUAGUCACAUGCUAAAUUAUAGAUCUCUCCGCCGUGUCUCUUAGAGCGAGAGCAUGUGCCAAUGUUGUUAGUGACGCAACCGUGAAGCUUAAUGGCUUCCUUUACCCAACAGACUUGUGCUAACUCCGUGGUUCAGCUUUUUCAUUCUUUAUAAUCGGUACAAACACAAGAAUUGCGGAUGACACGGACUCAUCAGUCAGACUAAAACAGUUACCUGUGAGAUCUAGAGAGACGAGCCGCCGAAGCUGCGUCAUCUAGAAGGGCUUGUACCAAAGGAAGCAGCAAUGUGAAUUAAUAAAAAUAAUUAUGAGCUGAAAUACAGUAAUAACAUUAACCAGUCACUUUCAAUUAUCUUUAUACUACACAAUUAGGAAGUCUUUAUCUCCAUCAUCAGUUCGAUUUGUUUAAGUUAACAAUACGUAGACGCUCAGCAUUUACGAUUUUUCGGGGCAACCCGUGGCACUGUCUGACAUUAGAGGACAAAAAACUGUUUUAGUACAUGACUCGAAGUUUUGUUGAUGUAUUGGUUGCGAACGCAGCCAAUAAUACAAUUAUAAGUACCAGUAGUGGUCGCAACUGCUUUUCGGAAUUGUAUUUCCCUCACGGACACUCUCUAUAAAAGAAAAUAAGCAGAAAUUGUAGAUUAAGAACUAACGUGAGUCCAAAGAACAUAAAAAACAUGAUUCUGCCAACAGUAGUGAAUCGAAAUUAUUGUUUAUCUCUCUUCUUAUCGAUGUGUGUGUGUGUGUGUGUGUGUGUGUGUGUGUGUGUGUGUGUGUGU